AUGGCCUUGGCACGGGCUAACAGCCCCCAGGAGGCAUUGCUCUGGGCCUUGAAUGACCUUGAGGAGAAAAGCUUCAAGAUGCUGAAGUUCCACUUACGGGAUGUGACCCAUCUGGCCCGAGGGGAACUGGAGGGUCUGAGUCAGGUGGAGCUGGCCUCAAAACUGAUUUCAAUGUACGGAGCACAGGAAGCCGUGAGAGUGGUGAGCAGGAGCUUGCAGGCCAUGAACUUGAGGGAGCUCGUAGACUACCUCAGCCAGGUUUGUCUGAAUGAUUACAGAGAAAUCUACCGGGAGCAUGUGCGCUGCUUGAAAGAGAGGCAAGACUGGGAUAUUAAGAGCAGCUACCACGAGCUGCUCCUGGUGGCCACGUCUGGCUCAGGGAGUUCGGGAUCACAGUCCUGUUCUGACCUGGAACAGUUGAAACCUGUCCAGGUGGAGGCUUUAUUCACCCCAGAGGCGGAGUCCAACUCAACCCCGCCCACAGUGGUGAUUCGAGGUUCAGCGGGCACUGGAAAGACAACCCUGGUCAAAAAACUGGUGCAGGACUGGGCCCAAGGGACCCCGUACCCAGGCCGGUUUGAUUACGUCUUCUACGUGAGCUGUAGAGAAGUGGUCCUGCUGCCCGAGUGCGACCUGCCCAACCUUAUCUGCUGGUGUUGCGGAGAUGAUCAAGCCCCGGUCAUAGAGAUUCUGAGGGAGCAGAAACGACUCCUGUUCAUCCUGGAUGGCUAUGACGAGUUACAGAAGUCCAGUCGUGCCGAGUGUGUACUACGCAUUCUGAUUAGCAGAAGGGAGGUGUCAUGCUUUCUUCUCAUCACCACUAGGCCUCCUGCUUUGCAGAGUCUGGAGCCUAUACUGGGUGAACGGCGACAUUUCCACGUGUUAGGCUUCUCUGAGGAGGAGAGGAAGAACUACUUCAGCUUUUAUUUUUCGGACAAGGAGCAAGCGAGGAAUGCCUUUGAGUUUGUGCAAAGCAACGCUGUUCUCUACAAAGCAUGCCAAGUUCCGGGCAUUUGCUGGGUGGUCUGCUCCUGGCUGAAGAGGAAGAUGACAAGAGGCCAAGAAGUCUCAGAGACACCUAGCAACAGUACAGACAUUUUCACUGCUUAUGUGUCCACCUUCCUACCCACUGACGGCAAUGCGGAGAGCUCUGAGCUCACCCGGCACAAGGUCCUGAGAAGUCUGUGCUCCUUGGCCGCCGAGGGGAUACAACAACAGAGGCUGCUCUUUGAAGAAGAUGUCCUCAGAAAGCACAGCCUAGAUGGCCCCAGCCUCACUGCUUUCCUGAACAGCUUCGACUACCGUGAGGGGCGUGGCAUCAAGAAACUCUACAGCUUUCGCCAUAUCAGCUUUCAGGAGUUUUUCUAUGCCAUGUCCUUCCUGGUGAAGGAGGACCAGGGUCAGCUGGGGGAGGCAACAUGCAGAGAAGUAGCUAAGCUGGUGGAACUGGAAAAAUACGAAGAGGUAACUCUCAGUUUGCAGUUCUUAUUUGACAUGUUGAAAACAGACAGCACCUUGAGCUUGGGGCUGAAGUUCUGCUUUAAAAUUGCUCCCUCGGUAAGACAGGAUCUGAAGCAUUUUAAAGAACAAAUAGAAGCCGUAAAGUACAACAGGUCAUGGGAUUUGGAAUUCUCUCUCUAUGAUUCUAAAAUAAAGAAGCUCACACAAAGUAUCCAGAUGAAAGAUGUCAUCUUCAAAAUACAACAUUCAGUUGAAAAGAACCCUGGUAAGGGGUUUUCAGUGAGCAGCAGCUUUGGUAAGGGCCAGGUGCAAAGCCCUCUCUUGGAAAUUGAUAAUCGCACAAGGAAACAAAAGAAAGCUUCUAACGGGAAAAGCAGGGGGACAGAGGAGCCAGCCCGGAAGGUCAGAAACAGUAGGCUGACAAGCAGAGGAAAGGGGCAUAUGGAGAUGAAGGAUAAGGAGGAUGGUUGCGUGGAGAGACAGGAGGAUGGGGAAGGACAGAGAGUUAAAACAGAUGGCGAGUUGAGAGAGCAGAUGAAUGAGUGGCAGAGGGAGUGAAGGACACAGAGACAAAUAGAGGAAAGAAUUACAUAAUCAAGGACCAGGAGACUUAGCAUAACAUGUGCAAUGAAUGGCUUAU